CCUCUCGGUUGCUCCUCGAUACCUCCUACCUUGAGCGUACGCUGCUGUCGACGCACGCAUAAUGGCCGACCGAUACUCUUUCUCGCUCACCACAUUCUCGCCCAGCGGAAAGCUAGUGCAGAUAGAGUAUGCCUUAAAUGCGGUCAACCAGGGUGUCACCUCUCUAGGUAUCAAGGCUACAAAUGGCAUCGUUCUCGCGACCGAAAAGAAGUCGUCAUCGCCGCUCAUCGAUUCGUCGUCAUCAUCGAAAGUCAGCUUGAUCACCCCCAACAUCGGCAUGGUCUACUCUGGCAUGGGUCCGGACUACCGUGUGCUCGUCGACAAGGCGCGCAAGGUCUCACAUACCGGGUACAAGCGCAUCUACAACGAGUACCCGCCGACGAGGAUAUUGGUCCAGGACGUUGCGCGUGUUAUGCAAGAAGCGACCCAGUCGGGUGGUGUUCGGCCGUACGGCGUCAGCCUGCUGAUUGCGGGGUGGGAUGAUGGAAUCGAGCCGGAGUCAGAGACCAAGCAGACCGAGGAGGAAGCGGACGCAGAGAGGAAGAAGAUCACCGGCAAGACCGGCGGCAUCCUGAAGGGCGGACCCAGCCUGUACCAGGUCGACCCCAGCGGUAGCUACUUCCCGUGGAAAGCGACGGCCAUCGGCAAGAGCGCAACCAGCGCGAAGACAUUCCUCGAGAAGAGGUACACCGAAGGCUUGGAGUUAGAGGAUGCUAUCCACAUUGCCCUGCUCACGCUCAAGGAGACCAUAGAAGGCGAGAUGAACGGCGACACCGUCGAAAUCGGGAUUGUUGGCCCGCCAGAGGAGCGAUUACUUGGUGUCGAGGGUGUCGAGGGGGCUGUCGGACCUCGCUUCAGGAAGCUGAGUCCGCAGGAAGUCGAGGACUACCUGACGAACCUGUAGAGUGCGGAAUGAAUUGGCAGCUGCACCUUGGGUGCACAUGUUACGAUAGACCGACC